AUACUUAAGACAGAGCAGAGCUAAACAGUGCCUUGCUAGUUCUCUCACAUAAACUUUCUAGCAGAAUGGAGACUAUUCUGAAGGUGCUAAACUGGAGUUCUGUUGGCCUGGCCCUUCUGCUAGGCUUUUUAUCUCUGGUUCUCUAUGAGAUUGUGCGACUCACCUCUCUCAGAGACAAGUUCCCGCCUGGUCCCAAGCCAUGGCCAUUUGUGGGGAAUCUGCCCCAGCUGCUUAGGGCACCCAUGAGGACAAUCUUGGGGAUGCCAAAAUAUGGAGAGAUUGGUACCAUAUAUGUAGGAAGGCAACCAUCAAUAAUAUUGAAUGAAUUUAAGGUCGCAAAGGAGGCUUUGGUUCAGAAUUCAGCCACAUUUUCUGGAAGACCAUCUCUACCUGUUCUUGACUGGAUUACCGACGGCCUUGGGAUAGUAAUGGCAAAAUUUGGCCACUCUUGGAGGCAACAGCGGAGGUUUGCCCUUCACACACUGAGGAACUUUGGUCUGGGCAAGAAGUCUGUGGAGGAGCGUAUUGCUGAAGAAGCUCGCUACCUCACGGAGGAAAUGCUCAAAUUCGGAAAGCCGUUUGAUCCCAUAAUUGCUCUUCAUAAUGCAGUCUCAAACAUCAUCUGUUCUGUUGUCUUUGGAAACCGCUUUGAGUAUAAUAACAAACGUUUCACUUGCCUCUUGGAGAUUCUACAUGAAAAUAUCAUCCUCUCUGGAUCCUAUCUUGGACAGAUUUUCAACAUGAUGCCUUUUUUAAAAUAUUUCCCUGGACCACACCAAAAGAUUAAACAAAAUGCAGACCAGCUUAAAGGUUUCAUCCAAGAGGAAAUCAACAAGCACAGGAAAACUCUGGAUCCUGACCACCUGCGAGAUUUCAUCGAUGCUUACCUGGUUGAGAUAGAAAGGCAACAGUCAAAAGAGGAUUCUACAUUCUUUGAGGAGAAUAUGGUGAUUUCCACAGCUGACCUUUUCCUUGCUGGGACAGAUACCACUUCAACCACCCUCAGAUGGGGUAUCAUAUACAUGAUGGAGAACCCAGAGAUCCAGGAGAGGUGUCAUAAGGAGAUUGUGCGUGUGGUGGGUUAUGACCGCUCUCCCUCCAUGGAUGACAGAGAAGUCCUGCCAUACACCUAUGCCACCAUUCAUGAAAUCCAGCGCUGUGGAAACAUUGCUCCUUUAGGUGUGGUGCAUGAAACCACUCAGCCAACACAACUACGUGGCUAUCACAUUCCAAAGGGCACAUGGAUCAAUGUCAAUUUAUCUGCAAUUCUUACUGACAAAGACCACUGGAAGUAUCCAGACACUUUCAACCCUGAGAACUUUUUAGAUGAGAAAGGACAAUUCUGCAAGCAGGAGUCCUUCCUUCCCUUCUCCUUAGGCCCGAGGGUGUGUCUGGGUGAGACUCUUGCCAGGAUGGAGCUCUUCCUUUUCUUUACGUCGUUGCUCCAGCGUGUGCGUUUCUCCUGGCCAGAUGGAUCCCCACCACCUGAUAUGGAAGGCACUGCAGGCAUUGUCCGUGGACCUCGGCCUUUUAAAAUCAUGUGCCAUAGCAGGGACGUUAAACUGUGAGAAACACCUUACCACCAUACCUUUCAAAGUAUUUGCCCAUCCUUCAAAAAGCAAAUAUUAUUACUGAGGGGUUCAUUUUGAGUUAAGUCUUAUUAACAGACCAUAAGCAUAUUGUGUGUCUUUAAAUACUUUUA